UGUACUUCCAAACCACAAGGGGGCGAUGUGACCAAUUCUGCUGUUUGCGAAGAGCCAGACCUACAAGAAGAAUUACAGAAUUGUCAAAAAAAGUGGCGCGAGCGCUGAGGAUGUUCAUGAAGCAGUGACGUGGUUGCAAUAGUUAUUGUUUCUUAGACAUGUCGACAAGUUGAAGAACUGGAGGUAAACAGAACAUGGAAGAGACAAGGUUCUGCGGGUUCUGGCCCGGACGGACAGAGUAACGGUCUGCAGUUUAGUAUCAGAUGAUCUCCUCAUGAUGGCGAUGACCCCAGAGCAGGAGGCCCUGAUUUGUCGCGUGUUUGAUGCCUAUCUGAGUGAGCAUCACCAUGACGAUAUCCUGCUCCUUCUUGAUGAUGAUGGUGAUGAGACCCAUCACCCGGUGGUGGUAAACGCAAUGACUCUCUUCGAGGCCAAUAUGGAGGUCGGGGAUUUCUUCAAUAUGUUUCCUGACAAAGUCUUGGCCAUGUUUGAUGAAGUUCUGCAGAAGAAAGCUGUGCAGAUCUCAGAGGACGCGUCGUCCGGCCAUAAAGGAGGACAGAAGUCCAGAGAAAGCAGAUGCACGCUCCACGCUCGGAUCACAGGUCUGCCAGUGUGUCCAGAGCUGACCAGACACACCAUCCCCAGAUCUAAAGAUGUCGGACACUUCCUUUCUGUGACCGGGACUGUGAUACGGACCAGCGUCGCCAAGGUUCUGGAGUAUGAGCGGGAUUAUAUGUGCACCAAGUGUCGACACGUCUUUAAGGUGCAUGCCGACUUUGACCAGUUCUACACGUUUUCUGCACCGGUUAGCUGCCCUAGCCCGGCUGGCUGCAACUCCAUGAAGUUCAGCUGCUUGUCUGAAGGCUCAGAACCUGCUGCCUGCAGGGACUACCAGGAGAUCAAAAUCCAGGAACAGGUGCAGAGACUCUCUGUGGGCAGCAUCCCUCGGUCCUUGGUUGUGAUUUUGGAGGAUGAUCUGGUGGACGGUUGUAAAUCCGGAGAUGAUGUGACCAUCUAUGGGGUGAUGUGUCUCCGCUGGAAACCCCUGUACGACGGCACCCGCUGUGAGGUGGAGCUGGUCCUCAGAGCCAACAACCUGGAGGUGAACAACCAACAGACGGCUGCUGCUCAGCUUCUUACCGACGCUCAAAAGGAGUUUGAGGAGUUCUGGAGGAGUUACGAACACGAUCCCAUGGCUGGCCGGAACCAGAUCUUACUGAGCCUGUGCCCGCAGGUCUUUGGCAUGUAUGUGGUCAAACUGGCCGUGGCGAUGGUUUUGGCGGGCGGGGUGCAAAGAAUAGACCCUUCUGGGACCAGAGUCAGAGGAGAGUGCCACAUGUUGCUGGUUGGUGACCCAGGAACAGGAAAGUCCCAAUUCCUGAAGUAUGCAGCUAAGAUCACACCCCGAUCCGUUCUCACUGCUGGGAUCGGAUCCACAAAUGCUGGUCUUACGGUCGCUGCUGUGAAGGAUGGAGGUGAGUGGCACCUGGAGGCGGGGGCUCUGGUCCUGUCGGACGGCGGUCUGUGCUGCAUUGACGAAUUCAACAGCAUCAAGGAGCACGACCGCAUCAGCAUCCACGAGGCCAUGGAGCAGCAGUCCAUCAGUGUGGCCAAAGCGGGGAUCGUGUGUAAGCUGAACACCAGAACCACCAUCCUGGCUGCCACCAACCCAAAAGGCCAGUACGACCCCAACGAGCCUCUGUCUGUCAACGUGGCGCUGGCCAGCCCUCUGCUUAGUCGCUUCGACCUGGUUCUGGUUUUACUGGACAACAGAAAUGCAGAGUGGGACAGGGUCAUCUCCUCCUUUAUCCUGGAGGAGCAAGGACUUCCAGCUGAAUCCUCUGCUCUGUGGUCCAUGGAGAAGAUGAAGGCUUACUUCUGUGUGAUCAAGCAGCUGCAGCCGCAGGUUUGUGACCAGGCCAACCUCAUCCUGACCCGAUACUACCAGGUGCAGCGCAGAAGCGAUGGGCGGAACGCCGCCCGCACCACCAUCCGCAUGCUGGAGAGUCUGAGUCGGCUGGCUGAAGCUCACGCCAGGCUCAUGUUCCGAGACACUGUAACCAUUGAAGAUGCUGUCGUUGCUGUGUCCAUCAUGGAGUGCUCCAUGCAGGGCGGCGCUCUACUAGGAAACGUCAAUGCCUUGCUCACCUCCUUUCCCGCUGACCCGGUUGAGCAGUAUCGGUCCCAGUGCCGGGUGGUUCUGGAGGGUCUAAACUUGCCUUUGCUUCUUCGCAGUGAGAUGGGGCGACUGUGCAGACUGAGGAGCAGCUCAGAAACUUCAAGCUCCGCCCCCAGCGAACCAAAGAGCCCUCCCCUCGACGGGGACCGGGGAAGCGACGCCUCAAACAGGCCUCAUUGUUUUAGUGUUUCACCUCCGCUGCAUGGAACUCCUAUUUUCACGUCAACUCAGGAUGUAAGCAGGAAGUCGGGCUCGUCCCAUCUUACCAACCAUCAAGGGGAAGAUGGCGUUCGGAGUGACCCCGCUUCCACGUUUCUUCAUCAUGAUGUUUUGACGGCAUCAGAAAGCUUUAACGUUGCUUCAGAGAAACUGAAACAAACAGCUGAAACUGCAAAAGUUCUCACACACAAAACCCAAAAACAUCCAGAGGAGAUUGGCUGCGUGGUUUUUAAAAUUCAAAAACCCAAAGGAACGGAGGAGGUGAUCCGGAGUCUUCAGGAGGACCAGGGAGGAGGAGGAGGAGGAGGAGACGAAGGCAAUAAUGAAGAGCAGGGCUCUGGUAAAGAGGAGCAGAACAGGACUGAAACGAAGAGCAUCAGCGCUGCGCUCAGUGAAAGGAUGGCAGCGGAAACUUCAACAGACCUUCACAGCAGGUUUUUGGGUUUCACGUUCAAACCGAAGAAGAUGAUGACGACUUCCAUGCUCAAGGAAUCUGCUCCUCACCAAGACUCGACAAAAGUGACGAUGAAGAGGAUACAACCUGUUUCAGAGGAUGAAGCCAGCAGUGUGCCUACAAAUGCAAAGAAACGCAGAGUACAGACAGCAGAGGGCGCAGUUUCUGAGGAGCAGACCAGAAGAAGAAAGGACAGCCUUGAGGGAAGAUCUUCAUCAUCAGGCAGGCUGUUUGAUGUUACUUUGUCUGGAAAGGACAAUAGAGAAUCAGGAGAUGAUGGUAGGAAAAAAACAGAUGCAGAGUUUCUUGAUCUAGAGAGAGGUCUAGGUAAUCCGGUUUCAGCUAGCGGUGAUUCAGGAGGCCAGAGGAAGAACAGCGUGGCCGUGUCUGCAUUCGCCAAACUGAGCAGAUUCUCUUUCAUGGGCUCAACGGAACACAAAGCUGCCCAGAAGUCAUCAGCGAGUCCAGAGAGAAGAGACUGUAUGAGAGCUGACUCUGUGCACCCAAAAGAAGGAAUCAGAAGACGGAUCUCUGACCAAAACAUGGAGGUGGAUUCUGAACACCAAGAGAAGCGGGGUGCAGUGAAGAGUCCUGGUGCUGUUGCUCCUCUGAACCCAAGCAAAAGAAAGUGUUUCCAGUUUAGGCCAACAGAAAUCUGUGGCCCUUCGCCCUGUCCGCUGACAGGACCCUCCUUGUUCGAGUCUGUCGACAUUAGUGAUGUUCUGGACACAGACUGGGACCAGGAGCUCAGCAGUCUAAAAACCAACCCGUAACAGAAACUAUGUGGUUCUGAGACUGUGAUGACCCAGACCCUCAUAUAAGUGAACCUUUAAGAUUACAAAAGACUUUUAAUGCAUCACAAUGAUCCAAAGCCAAAUAAAGAUCAUGUCUGCUGCUUGAGGGUUCUUGGGUUCUGCUGUGGAACCGUGUGAGUUCUGUGCAGCUUGCACUUCUGCUCUGAGGUCUUAAAACCAUAAGCCAGUCAGAACCCAGACCUUCUAUCAUCUCUAAAGAUGUGUUAAUACCUUCUGUUUUCACGUUUUUCAUUUAACGGCGCUUAAAGGGCCAAAAAAUAAUGAUGAAAGCUGUCUGACCUUCACCCUAACUACAGUAAAUCCUUUGUGAAUAUAAAGUUAGCAGUGGCGGUGGCUCCAGAUGAGUUUUUUUAGUUUUUCUGGAAAGAACUUCAAUGGUUUAAUCUCCAGCUUUCUCACCUGCUGUGUCAUAAAAGCCUGAACUUCUGUA